GUCCAUGAUGUCUGAGAGGAGGUGUUCUCAGCAGGAGGACGACUGCUCCUCCCUCCUGUCCCGGCUGGGCUCGGACUCUCCUCGCCCUCGGAUGAAGUAUGGCGGGAUGUUCUGCAGCGUCGAAGGAGCCUUCGAGAACAAAACCCUCAACUUUGAGUCAUUCAGUCCGCAGACGCAGCGACGCCGCGCCGCUCGAACCCGAACCGACAGCCAUGAAGGAGGAGGAGGAGGAGGAGGAGGACAGACUGUGGUGUUUCCCUCAGGACACGCCCGAGAAAUCUACGGCAAGAGAGAGAUGAUGGACCUCAUAGGUAACUGGGCCCAUCUUCCGAGUGAUGCUGUAUGGCCCCUGCCAUUUUGCCAAGAGCUUGCUGUUGGAGGAAGGGAGAAGCAACAGAACCUUUUGGCCAGGCUGAAACUCACGGUGCCGGGCCUGUUGACCGCUGCCUCCUCCUGGUACCUGGCCAGCCAGUCCCUCAUCUCCAGCACAAAUUGCACCACCCCUCUGUCACUUGGAGCAGUAGCAGGCGCCUCCCAGUUCUUUCGGAGCAGGUCCAAAGGCCCCUCCGAUCACAGAUCGAUCAGGAUGUCGUUCCAGACCAAGAAGAACAGCGCGAGACCCGCGGGCGACCGUCUGAUCAUCAAAGGAGGAAAGAUCGUUAAUGACGACCAGUCAUUCUAUGCUGAUAUCUACGUGGAGGACGGAACCAUCAAACAGAUUGGUGAGAAUCUGAUUGUCCCGUCCGGCGUGAAGACGGUGGACGCAUACGGUCAGCUGGUGAUCCCCGGAGGAGUUGAUGCCAACACCAACCUGCUCGCUCCGCAGAAAGGCCUGAACCCAGCUGACGACUUCUACCAUGGAACCCGUGCCGCUGUGUCCGGAGGAACGACCACCAUCAUGGACCACGCGCUGGUGGAGCCGGGGACGAGUUUACUGACGGCGUUCUAUCAGUGGAAGGAGACGGCAGAGCAGAGGGCGUGCUGCGACUUCUCGCUUCACCUGGACGUCACACGCUGGCACGAAGGGCUGUACGAAGAGCUGGAGACGCUCGUCAAAGAUCAAGGUCAGGGGAAGGGUGAAACUACACCCAUGGAGGGUGGAAGUGAACAGAAGAAGCUUCUUUCUGUCGGCAUCACUGGACCUGAAGGACACGUUUUAUCUCACCCUGAGGAGGUGGAGACGGAGGCAGUGUAUCGGGCCAUCACCAUCGCCAAACAGGCCAACUGUCCACUGUAUGUUACCAAGGUGAUGAGCAAAUCUGCUGCUGAUGUCAUCGCCAAAGCCAGGAAGAAAGGUAUGGUGGUGUAUGGGGAGCCAAUCACAGCCAGUCUGGCCACAGACGGCUCUCACUAUUGGUCCAAAGACUGGGCUACAGCUGCUGCCUUUGUCAUGAGCCCGCCUCUCAACCCUGAUCCUUCAACUCCACAGUACCUGACCUCCCUGUUAGCAUGUGGAGACCUCCAGGUGACGUCCAGCGCUCAGGCCAGUUUCUCCACGGCUCAGAAGGCCGUUGGUAAAGACGACUUCACUCUGAUCCCAGAGGGAACCAACGGGAUUGAGGAGAGGAUGUCUGUGGUGUGGGACAGAGCUGUGUCGACGGGGAAGAUGGACGAGAACGAGUUUGUUGCAGUAACGAGCACCAACGCUGCCAAACUCUUCAACAUCUACCCUCGCAAAGGGAGGAUUGCUGUGGGGUCGGAUGCUGAUAUCGUCGUCUGGAAUCCAAAAGAGACGCGAACUGUUUCUGCAAAGACUCACAACCUGACAGUGGAGGUCAACAUCCUGGAGGGGUUGGAGUUUCGAGGCGUGGCGUCGGUUGUGAUCAGCGGCGGACGAAUUGUUCUGGAGGAUGGAAAACUGGACGUGACAGAAGGUUCAGGACGCUUCAUCCCUAGGAAGGCUUUUCCCGACGCCGUCUACAAGAGGAUCAGAGCCCGCAGCAAGAUGGCUGAGGCUCGCGGCGUCCCCCGUGGAAACUACGAUGGUCCAGUCCAUGAUGUCAUAAGCAUGACUAAAUCGGUCCCGCCCACUCCGACCACCAGGGGGCCACCCUGUCCCAAAACUCAGACCAGCCUCCGAAACCUCCACCAAUCAGGAUUCACUCUGGCAGGAAGUCAGAUUGACGACCACAUCCCUCGUCGCUCUGCUCAGAGGAUUGUGGCACCGCCUGGUGGACGAUCCAACAUCACCUCUUUAUCUUAAAACUGUCACUUUGAGUUUUUGUCACUUUAAAUAGAAACAGCCGAACCAACCAGUCCUACACCCUAAAACAGUAAUGCUUCAAUAACUACUGCUCCACCCUACAAGCACCCGCUGCGAGUAGUAAUCACCACAAUGCUUCCACCUGUACAGCUCCUACUGAAUACUAUGAAAACACUUACAGUACUAAAUCCUGCAGUCAUGGUACUUCAACUAGUGUUGAACCCUACAACUCAACUAUCAGUUCAGUUCAACUAUCAGACCUACAGUGAGUACUGAUACUUGUACUUUUACUUGUAUAAAACAACAACCAUCCAACUAGUACUACGUCAUAAAACAGUGGUACUUCAGGGACUACUAAAUCCUGCUAUCAUGCUAGUACAUCUCUAAAACAAGUACUACAAUCUUACAAGUAAGUUCUAAACCCCACAAAAUGUUUUACUUCAAGUAGUGCUGAAUGUUACAAAAAGUACUUUAUCCUACAAUUACCACUUAAUCCUUUUAGAGGCGUACUUCAACAAGUGUUAAACCCUAAAACUAAAUCCCAGAAUCAAGCUGAACAAACCCUGAAACAGUAGAACAAUCAGUAGAACAAACAGCAGAACAAACAGUAGAACAAACAGUAGAACUACAGUCCUACAGAUCCUACUGAAUCCUAUGAGAACCCCACAUCUCGUAGUAAACCCAGUCACAACAGUACUUCAGACUGAACACUGCACCUACUGUACUUUAACUGAAGUAGUACUGAAUGUCUCAACAGUCGUACUACAACCCAACACCUGGUCCUAAAUCCUACAGCAGUGGUACUUUAACCAGUACAGAAUGUUACUGAUGUGGUUUAAAGAAUCAGCCAUUUGAAGUACUUCUGCAUGUGUACUUACUUUAACCCUUUCACACAUGUACUCAACAUCAUUUCCUCUCAUCAUCAUCAUCACCCCAUCAUCACAUCUCUGAUCCAUGCACCAGUAGUAGCAGUAGCAGUAGUACUCGUGGUAAUAGUGGUAAUAGUAUGACCCUGGGAAAUACUUCUGUUUCCUUUAGUGGUCUUUUAUUAACAGUACAGAAGUUUCCACCUCACUUCAUCAUCAGACAUCUGAACACAACCAGUUCACUCCACUAACUGGGUUUACUGGUUUUCUUUGUCGGAACUGUGACCUGCUGUGACUGGUCUCAUCAUUCACUGUAAAUUAACCUCAUUUCAUCCUCUGUCCUCAGAGGACAGUCCUCUGAGGACAGAAUUGACUCCAGGAGCCGUAUUCACAAACAUUCUGAGACAGCUUUCGAGAGCUCCUAACUUAGCCUAAAGUUUUUUAGUAAGGAGUGAUUUAGGAAAGUUCUCAGAGCGAGGAAGGGACAGAAACUUUUAUCUUAGUGAGGUGUGGUUGACCCUGUUAAUAGGUAUGACACAUACUUUCAACAGAUGUGAUUGGUUGUCAGAGACACACCCUUUUGUGAGCCUGUAAGGUGAGAGGACACCCAGUGGACAUGACAUGAACUGCGUCACCAUAUAAGUCAAAGUGUGGAAUUGUUAGUGUGAUCACUGUAGUGAAGGCUGAGACAGACCCAAGUCAUCACUGCUGCACUGUUGUGUUUUUACAGGUAUGUCAAAUAUCUUAGUGAUCAUUUUAUUUCUGGUGUUAAAGUGUUAGGUGGGAAUGUGUGCGUAUCCCUGAUGAGAUCAGCCACAAAUCAAAUCAAUCUAAUCUGUAGCAUUUCAUUUACUCACUGUCAUUCAGCAUUUGGAGAAUAUUUCUCUGACCUUUUUGUGUUUCCACCAUUUUCUGCUGUCUGUAAGAAACUCUUAAACCUCUUAAAAGUCCUCCUCCCUACUCCUAACAGUUUUCACUGUAGGAGCUCUUCCAAGGUCUGAGAUGCUCUGUGAAUACCUUUAAUCUUUACCAGGACUCUUAGCACGAGGACGCUUUGUGAGUACGGCCCCAGGUCUGUUCUGUAGUUUCAUUCCUCAAUCUCGUAUUUCUGACCCACUUUAAACAUGAGACCGUUGUGAUGAUAGAAGUCUGUGUUGUUCUGUAGUGACGUCCGUGUGUGGUGGAGUAACGUGAUGUUGGACUGCAGGGUCGGACCCGUCAGGACCAAGGUUUGAUUCACUCAUAAACUUUAAUCGUUGAUACAGUCAGAAACAGAAUUUCAGACGAACACUGUUCGACUUCCUGUCAGGUUCAGAUCAUGAACUGAAUCUAAAUGGUGCUAAUAAAUCCAGUACCAGCCUGCAAGUAGCCCCCCCCCCCCCCCCCCAAAGCCACGCCCCUAAAAUAUCCAAAACAAACAAACAAAAAAACCUUCCUGUUCUGUCUGCGGACCAAUCGCACGAGCUGGACUCACUAGAACUUUCUCACCAGGCACAUCAGCCAAAACAUUUCCAGCUUUGAGGGUUUGUUUCUGUGAAGCGUCCCACUGCACAUGCUCAUUAGUGUUUCUCCUGCUGGCCCCGCCCACACAGAUGGGUAAACCAAGUGAGCUUCUUGGUAGAUUUAACGUCAUGACCUCAGCUCAGCCACAUCUCAAACAGCUCCACAUUUAUCAGAUGAUGUGCGUCAGAUUCUGACCUUUGAACUUUGAGUUUAAAGUAUUUGGUAUCAGCCGAUGAUCCCUGCUGUCAGUUCACACUUGCGGAGCCCCGACGGAGACGUGGGGGAGGAAAGAGAAAAACAAAUACUUUUAAAUUCUCCUGAGAAAUUCUUUGGCAGAGAACUGAACUCUGCGGAGGGUGAAAAUCUGGACUGUAUGAAAACCAAAGAAGAAGAAGAAAUUUGUCGCCUUCUGAAGAGUCAUUCAUCCUGACUCAGCCGAGUUAGGCAACACAACACAGUCCGACUUGUUUCGUCCAGCAUGCCGAGCUUGGGCCGAUGUUGGACCAGGUCACUUUGGCUGCCUGGGAAACACAAAUCAAAUUAAAGAACAGCUGAGACAACACAAAUACAAAUAACAUGCAGAGCUCUUUUGCCUCAGUCAUAGAAGUGCCCAUAGCAACCACCAUAGCAACCACAGUUACCCCGAAAUCAAAGACAUGUCUGUCCCCCUGUAGAGCUCUCUAUCAGCCUGGACCCUGCCUGAUUCUCUGAGUGUGUUACAGUGCCACACUCAGAUUGAUAUUCUGUGAACGGACGGCGGCAGCGGUUCCUCUGAUCGUUGAUGUGUUGAUGAGUUUACGUUGGGGGCGGAGUCAGUUUAAAGGUCAGUGUUUCUCAUUCAGACGCUACAGAACGUCAGGUGCGUCAGAGUCACACGCUGUGACGAAGCUUCAGUGUUUGAUGAGAACAGGUUGAAUAUUUCAGGUAUAUCAAAGGUUUUAUCUGUUUUUCCUCCCUCAUGUCCCUGCAGGGACUCUGUAGUUACCAUGACAACAUUUGUUUGUACCAUGUGACCUGUACCCUAACCCUAACCUGAUGGAGGUUUCUGACCUGACGGAAUCGUCUCUGAACACAUCCAUGAUCUGACCAAGCUUUCAGAGGAUCAACCAAACCUACCACUGUCCUUUGACCUCUGACUGUUCAUCCUGUGAUGUCACAGCUGCAGAGCCCCGCCCCCUCCUGCUGUUUGACCUCUGGUGACCUCUGAACAGAUUUUUAACGUGUGUUUGAUUUGUAAAGACUUCAUUUUGUAUUUUUUACCGUUUUGUAUCCUAGCAGUGUUCCUGCUCGUGUUAGCGUCAGUGAUCGUCGUACUCACACACAGUUCAGCCUCCAUGUGGCGCAUGUUAGCCAUGUUGGUGUUGCUAUAGUAACAACAUGUUCCUAUGAACAGAUGAAAUUUGGCAGUGGAGAACAGACAUGUUUGUGUGUUACAGAGAGUUUCAGAUUGAAGCUGCAGACAGCAGCUGGUUAGCUUAGCUUAGCUUAGCUUAGCAUAAAACUGGAAACAGCUGCUGUCUUCUUGUCACCAUGUGGUUGCCAGGCAACCAACAGGACUCUCGGAGGUGUAGCUGACAUGGCGGCCGACAUGGCGGCUGUGCUCCUGCAGGCUGAACUGUCUCUGUAGCAGUGGGUUGUUUUUCUGUCCUCACAGAUGCACCUGAGCCAACAUGGCGAACAUGUCCUCUGUGUUUCCUUGGUGAUGGUGCGUCUGUCAUUGUUCCUGUAGUGAAUGUAAAACUCUGUCAUGUUGUGAGAAGCUGCAUGAAUAAAGUGUGAAGAGAAACAGAGCCGAGU